GCUUCAUCGAAUGGGCCUCGGUGGUUGAAAUUGGGAUACUGUACACUUGGUAGUCGGUCCUAAAUUCUGGUCUUGCAACAGUCAAAACUAGUCAAGGUGAUACGAGUUUGAUCGCUCCUCAGUGCAUCACGCGACGUGUAGUGCAUUCUUGCACCGCACUGAACGCUGCAUCACCUGCAGACAUGUCGACUGUAGACAUCUGGCGUGAUAGGCAUAAAACAAGAUCCAAGACUUUAUGGACUCGUUAAAAGGUCUUGCUGCAGAGCAUCGUUGGAAAUGAGCCGUAUGUUGCAUCUGGCCACCACUUCGAUCACAUCAGUUACGUUACUUAAACUAUCAUGAAUGACGUAUUUAUACAUCCCCAAUGGCUACCUCGAUCGCCUUUUGGCGCGAACACGAUUAGUCGGCCGGGAUAUGCGCGAUACGCGCCCCAGAAGCUUUUGCAUCCAUGUAUAUGAUGCUCCGAAAGCAUCUGUUGGUGACGAAUGUUCCGAACUCGGUCGUUUCGAUAACCAGGACAUGUCGAACAUUUUCCGUGCGGAUCGGAGGGCGGUGCACGCUAGUCGGGCAUCUUGACCCGUUGCCCUUGAGCCGCUUGAUGCAUGACAAUGUUGGUAGCUCAGUUGACACCUUCGCUGGUCCGACGUAAGAAUAGCAUCUAUUGGAUAGCACGUUCUGCAUGUACUAGUCGAAACUGACCUACUGCACGCGCAGAGCAACAAAUAACCGUGACAGCUCAGACGUGCUUCGGCUCAGAUUAUGAUGAAAUUUUCGACACCUUUAAACAUUGAAGCGUCUGACUAGUUUGCUUCUUUGAGUCUUAUAGCUCAUUUCCAGGCCGUCACUGAAAUAUGCAACCAGAUCUCGUAUAGCAUCUACUAUCGCACGCGCGACGCUCGCGGACAGCGGCUUUGCCAAGCUUCGAAUGACCCUACACACCAUGCAAUUGAAGUAUAGCCUUCUAUCGCACAGCUUUUCCUACUAUAUUGAGCGCUAAUGGAAAUUCCUGUGCUAUAUAUGUGUCGGGUGCCGUCAGCACCAUGGCUUGCCGUUUACGGUUGUGAUUCAUUCCAUCUCCUGAUAGGCGUGUCGCGGUCAAACGUGGUUAACUGAGGAGUUGCGCUGACGCCGCCGCGCCUUAUACCUCAGUUUGUCAUUUUCCUUGGGAACCCUGUUUAUGACUCAG